AUGGCUCCGGGGGUCCUGUCUGGAGUAAACGGACAUGCCCAUGAAUCAGACCAGGCGAGUCCGGCGAACGACAUCAUUGGCUGGACUUCUGGGCCUUCAACAUAUGGCCUGCGAACGAAAGGCGCUGCAGCUGGCUUCUAUUCUGCAGCUCCAGGCGAAGUCCAUGACCUUGUAUGUGUGGGUUUUGGGCCGGCCUCACUCGCCAUUGCGGUCGCUCUCCAUGACUCGCUGCGCGCCCAAAGGGAAGCCGGCACCGAGACUGCCAAUCCGACAGUCCGCUUUCUGGAAAGACAGAACGCCUUCAAAUGGCAUGCGGGGAUGCUGCUCCCCGGGGCAAAGAUGCAAAUCUCCUUCAUCAAAGAUCUUGCCACCCUCCGAGAUCCCACAAGCCACUUCACCUUUCUGAAUUAUCUGAAGCAGCACGACCGGCUGGUGCAAUUUUCGAAUCUGAACACCUUCUUGCCCUCUCGGCUGGAGUUUGACGACUAUCUGCAGUGGGCAGCACGCCACUUUGAGCAUGUUGUUGAAUAUGGUCAAGAGGUUGAGUCGAUACACCCCCAGAGACUGGCUGGGACGGAGGAGUAUGACUGCUUUGAAGUUGUGUCACGAAGCCUUGCCACCGGCAGGACCACGAGUUUUCUGAGUCGAAACGUUGUGAUAGCGGUAGGCGGUCGACCCGCAAAGCCAGCGCUCUUUCCGACCUACCACGAUCGCAUUUUGCACUCAUCUGAAUACAACACGAGGAUCGGCCGCGUGCUGCCAGAUAGUGACCAAAAUUCUAACAUUGUUGUGAUGGGCGGCGGGCAAAGUGGUGCCGAGGUCUUCAAUGAUCUUCAUCACCGCUAUCCCAACGCCACCACAAAGCUCAUCAUUCGAGACUCGGCACUUCGGCCAAGUGAUGAUUCACCAUUUGUCAAUGAAAUCUUCGACCCAGAAGCCGUUGAUCCUUUCUUCGAUCAGCCGGAGGAUCGGCGGUCCGAGAGUGUGAAAAAGAACAAGGCCACCAACUACAGUGUUGUGAGGCUCGAAUUGCUGGAGAAGCUAUACGAUGAUCUGUAUAUGCAAGGGAUCAAGCAACCAGACAAGCGGCUCUGGCAGCAUCAGAUUCUGCCGCUGAGGGAGCUCUCAGCAGUCGUUGACAAUGGGCCUCACGAACACGUCGAUUUGAUUUUGACUAACCUGAACCCGUCGAGUAAAGGCAGUGAAGAGAAGUUGGCAGCCGAUGUGGUUGUGUUGGCCACUGGUUAUCGUCGAGAUGCACAUGUCGAUAUGCUCACUGCUUGUCAGAGCAUCAACUCGAAUGCUGAUGGGCACUGGCAACCCAGGCGCGAUUACAGUUUAGAAUUGAAUCGUGGGUCUGUAAAGGAAGGCGUCGGAAUCUGGCUGCAAGGAUGCAACGAGGCCACUCACGGCUUGUCCGAUACUCUGCUGUCCAUCCUGGCCACUCGAAGCGGAGAGUUGGUGGAUUCCAUCUUCGGGAUCAACUCGAACCCCAGUGGUCAAUGA